AUGCAUAAUAACAUCAAUGCUACUUUUGAAGGCUACUUUAUCCUGCUGGGCUUCUCCAGGUGGCCUCACCUAGAAUUCAUUCUCUUUGUGGUGAUCUUGAUCUUCUACUUGAUGACACUGUUAGGCAACCUGUUCAUCAUUGUCCUGUCACACCUGGACACCCGUCUCCACACUCCCAUGUACUUCUUCCUCUCAAACCUCUCCUUCUUGGAUCUCUGCUACACCACCAGCUGCAUCCCCCAGUUGCUGGUCAACCUCUGGGGUCAGGAGAAGACCAUCUCUUUUGCUGGGUGCAUGAUUCAACUCUACUUUGUCCUAGCCCUGGGAACAACUGAGUGUGUCCUGUUGGUGGUGAUGGCCUAUGACCGCUAUGCAGCUGUGUGCAGACCCUUGCACUACACUGUUCUCAUGCCCCCUCGUUUAUGCCACCUGUUGGCUGUGACCUCUUGGGCAAGUGGCUUUACUAACUCAGCACUUCAUUCCCUCUGUACCUUUUGGAUACCCUUGUGUGAACAUCACCUAGUGAAUCAUUUUUUCUGUGAAGUUCCAGCCCUCCUGAGAUUAUCCUGUGUGCGUACUCAUGCUAAUGAGCUGACCCUCCUGGUCACCAGCUUUAUUUUUGUUGUAAUUCCCCUCCUUCUCAUUCUGACCUCUUAUGGUGCUAUCACCUGGGCUGUGCUGAGGAUGCCAUCAAAAAGUGGGCUUCAGAAAGCCUUUGGAACAUGUGGAGCCCAUCUCAUGGUUGUCUCCCUCUUUUUCAUCUCAGCUAUGUGCAUAUAUCUGCAGCCUCCAACAGAAAGUUCUCAAGAUCGAAGCAAGUUCAUUGCCCUAAUUUACACAGUGGUCACACCCAGCCUGAACCCUCUAAUCUACACCCUCAGAAACAAAGAUGUGAAGAGGGCAGUGAAGAGACUGUUGGGGCAAGAGUAG